GCCAACGAUUCCUAUUCAAUGUGAGCUUAUUCUCUGAACAAAGGCGAUAUCUCAUACACAAGUUCAGCCCUAUAGCGUCAUCACACACCAAUGACAUAUUCUCAAUGACGCACCUUGCUUACCUAGUUUUAGACACUCGAGCUCUCCAUGGCCAAGAUCGCCGUAGACCUCAAUAUAUUCAACCUGCUUAAGGACAGCGCAACCCCUCUAUCGACCGAAGAACUCGCAAAACAGACCGGCAAAAGCCCAAACACGAAAUUGUUGGCGCGAGUCCUAAGGUACCUAGCUUCCUUGAGCUUCAUCCGUGAAGUCGAUACUGGCGUCUGGACUGCGAGCCACCUUGGGAACAACCUAUCAGGAAAGGGGCAGAGCGCAGGUGUAGUAAAUAUGUAAGCCUCAAUGCAAUGCAACUCCAGACUGAACACCACUUAGACAUCGCUCGGUGUCAUUAGGCAGGUAUCUAUGCAUGACAGCGCUAACCAGUGUGUUAACAGGGUUGAUAACAGUGGCUUAGCAAUGCUAACUCUUCCUGCUUUCCUUCGUCGGCAUAAUUAUAACCCUCCCGAAGACAAGAGUGAUACAGCGUUCGCGCAGGGAAACAGAGUGACUCCAGAUGAGGUGACGUUCUUCCAGUGGUUGAAGAACCGCCCUGAAAAUGCUAAAACUUUCAACAUCUUUAUGACGUCUCAUCGGCCCGGGGCUAAAACACCGUUCGAUAACCCAGAGGUCAUCAAGAAAAUCACGGAUGCCUUUGAAAAGGUGACUGCUAGGAGGGAGGGAGGAAAAGCGAAAGGGGUAUCUUUGGUGGAUAUUGGCGGUGGUAUUGGUCACCAAUGCAAGGCCUUCAAGAAGCAAGUGCCAAACUUGGGUGGCACAAUUGUUUUGGAGGACCUAGAAGAAGUGGUAGCAAAUGCUGAACUUGAGGACGGGAUCGAGAAAGUACCAGUAGAUUUCCUUGCAAGCCAACCCAUCCAAGGUGCUGCAUCCUACUAUUUCAGGAGUGUCCUGCACAACUGGCCCGACCAAUACACCCGAAAAAUCCUCGGCCAUGUGCGAGAUGCCAUGGAUCAAGACUCCCUACUUCUACUCGAUGAGAUGGUCCUGCCGGACAGAGGCGCACAUCGAUAUGAGACACAGCUUGACUUGACGAUGCUUGCCCUACUCAAUGCGGAGGCAAGAACUAGGACACAUUGGAACGAAUUGUUGACCGAGUCAGGCUUUGAAGUGGAGGACAUUAUAUUCUACGAGGAGGAAGCCAGACAAUCCAUCAUCAUCGCAAAGAAGGUGUAAAUAAAAGCACUGCAACUACAAAAUGACCCAUUCGUCGGAGUCAGGUAGGAGGCAGUCAUCUUUUCAACAAACGGGCGGCUUAGUGGGAUGUUUUGAUCUACGAUUUAGUGGCUGAAUUUGAUACUACAAUACGUACCUAUAUCACGACUCAAGGCAGUCAGAAGUGGUAAAACGGGGCUUUGAAAUAUGAUGUGCUGAGUAAUACACUUCGUCCGUCGACUCGGUCUAAAGGCCGAUUUGACACCUCUGAUUGGACCUCAUUUCGUAUUUGAUUUGUAACGUAGAAACGAUAUAUUAUAAACCUAGUCUACAAAGGAACAUUCGAUGACGCGCAACAUUGCAAUUGUUCAAAAUUGAUUGUAAUGGGAUUGCUUAGAAAUGAAUAUAUACGCCUAUAGUUGAAUCGGCAACAAUCGCCGUAAGGGUAUUAUCUUCCUUAAAUACCUAUAGAGGU